AUGACAGAACCCACGGCGAAAGAGUCGAGUGGAGUCCUACUGGGACGACCAUUCUUGUCCACGGCCAGCACUAUCAUAGAUGUCCGCAAUGGGACGAUCAAUCUGGACUUCAAGGGAGAGCAGUAUACAUUCAAUAUCGAUGAGGCCAUAAAAAGGCCAACCGACGAAGAGAACGUGUAUUCCGUGGAUGUAACUGAGCCCUUGGUACAGGAGUUUUUGGAAGAAGAAUUUUUAAAUAGGCAGUUCACAGACUCCGCUGUAGAUGAAGUGGUCGAAAAGGAAGUAGAAGAGUGGUUUGAGACAAAUAAGGUUGGAGAAAUGAACGACCAAGCCGUCGCAGAAGCAAUAACAGAAUUUUGCGAACGUCCAAGGCCAACUGGGUCGGGUAAGACAGCUCAAGUAUCCAGCCUAGCAAAGCAGCUUGAUCAAGGAAAGCCACUGGGUGAUGAAGCUACAAAAAAUCCUCUGCCCACCAAAGAGCCAAAACCCGCGAAGGAGUUGAAACCCCUUCCAGCGCAUCUAAAGUACGCCUUCCUGGGAGAAGACAAAACUAUUCCCGUCAUUAUAAACAGUCGAUUGACCCAAGGGCAGGAAGACAAGUUACUGGAAGUAUUACGAAGGAAUCAGAAGGCUAUCGGCUGGAAGCUGACAGACUUGGUGGGAAUUAGCCCGGAUUUGUGUAUGCAUCACAUCCGGCUGGAGGAAGGAGCCAAGCCACACCGCGACCAACAACGGAAACUCAACCCCAACAUGAGGAAAGAGGUGCUGAAAGAAAUUGUCAACCUGGUUUCAAUCGGAAUUAUCUAUUCUAUUCCCGACAGUAAUUGGCUGAACCAAGCCACAAAGAAAGAUCACUUCCCUCUGUCGUUCAUUGAUCAAAUGCUGGAGAAGUUGGCAGGGAAACAGUACUUCAGUUUCCUAGAUGGUUAUAGUGGCUAUUUCCAGAUCGCUGUAAACCCAGAUGACCAAGAAAAGACGACGUUCACCUGCCCCUUUGGCACUUACGCUUACAGGAGGAUGCCCUUUGGCCUCUGCAAUGGUCCGGGCACUUUCCAAAGAUGUAUGAUGAGCAUUUUCUCGGAUCUGUUGGAAAGAUGCCGCCAGAAGGAUUUAGUUCUUAACUUUGAGAAAUCCCAUUUUAUGGUUACUGAAGGAAUAGUUCUGGGCCACGUAGUAUCAAGCAGGGGAAUAGAGGUCGACCCAGCAAAGGUAGCAGUCAUUGCAAAACUCCCAUAUCCUACCAACCAGAAGGAGAUCCGAGCCUUUUUAGGGCAUGCUGGGUUCUACAGGAGAUUCAUCAAAGAUUUCACAAAGAUAGCCCAGCCUCUAACAAGACUUCUCCAGAACGAUGUAGAAUUUGAAUUCUCAGAUGCCUGCAAGGCCGCAUUCCAGUUUCUUACGGACCGAUUAAUAAGCUCUCCAAUAAUAUGCGCUCCCGACUGGAAUCACCUCUUUGAGGUGAUGUGCGAUGCUAGUGACUAUGCUAUGGGGGCGGUAUUAGGUCAAAAUAUCGAAGGGAAAAGUUACGUCAUUUUUUACACCUCCAAAACUCUAAAUCAGGCACAAAAGAACUGUGGUGUGACCGAAAAGGAGAUGCUAUCAGUAGUCUUCGCAUUUGAGAAGUUCAGGCCUUACCUGCUUGGGUCUAAGGUGAUUGUCUAUAUAGAUCAUGAGGCCAUCAAAUACCUCUUGGCAAAGAAAGAGUCAAAGCUGCGGUUGAUCAGAUGGGUGGCAGAUCACCUAAGUCGAAUUCUGCAAGAAGAUAAUGGUGAAGCCAUUCUAGAGGCUUUCCCUGAAGAGCAUCUCUGUCUGAUCAAGUCAAUACCUGAGCGCCAGUGGAUCAACCAAGAAGAAGAAAUUGCUCAAGCCAACCAAGGAAGCAAAGGACAGAACACGAGAAAGGAGCCAUGGUUAGCGGACAUGGCUAAUUACUUGGUAACGGGGGAGUUACCCAGAAGUGACAAAAUUUCAAGAGCACAGAAGUUAAAGCUUAAAAGCAAUUCCUGA